CAUAUACAAAAAUGUAGUGAAAUAAUGGUAAAGCUUGUUUGGUGUCUCACAGCGUUUUUUACGAGUAUUAUUUUAUUUCUUUUAUUGAUGUACACGGGCGUGAUUGACGUUAGAGGAGAGGAAACAUAGAACACAAUGUUGGUGUCUGGAACCACUAUACUCGGGACCGAAAUCCUUCUAAAGAUAAUAAGUCCGGAGGGCCAUACAUUUAGUGCGUCGUUCGUCGAUGAGACGCUCAUCGAAGAUGUCAAGAAUCGAGCCAUUGACUACUUUUACCCGAAUGGCGAGCACGGUGCAAGCCGGUACAAGCUGAUCCGAGUGUAUGACACCACCACGCUGCAUGACUUUCUGACGCUCGCGCAGGAGCAGGUGGCCAUGCAGGAAGAGCUGCUUCUGGUGGAGCGGCGCGUGCCCGAAGCCGGUAACCUUUGGGACCUUGGUGCCGUGCGCGCGCCGCAGCAGACCGCUAUUGCCGCCGCCACCGCCUCGCUGCCGCCGCCGCACAGUACCGUGCGCCAGCCCAACCUUCAGGCGCUACUCUCCACUAACGAGCUUACCUACGAGCUGCGUAAAAUCCUCAUCUCGCUGAUUGAGGCAGGCGCCCGGCUCGCCGCCGCCGGCAGGAAUUACGAGCUGACGCUAGCGCAAUUGUCGGCCGCGCUCGAUGAGCCGCAGCGCACUCGCGAGCUGGACGCUCAGGUAAUCACGCCGCAGGAGAUCGCAGCGCGCUUCAACGUGCCGCAGCAGGACGUGCUCCCGCCCGCCGCCGGCGAAGCGGAGGGACCCUUCCGGCGCGCCGCACAUCUCCAGCGCUUCCUCGAGAAGUUCCGCGCUUGGAGGCUAAAGAUAGCGGAGCCGCCCAACGCGGAGGCGCUCGCGGCGCUCAAUGACCUUGGCUUUACGCCGGAAGAGGCGGACGAAGCGCUGCGCUGCACCGGGUGCAACGUGCCCGCCGCCGCCUCCUGGCUCAUCGGCGAGCGCGGCUCGAGCGUGUUUGAGUUGGUGAGCGGGCUACCCGACGGCCUCAUCCUGCAGACACUGCUCAAGCAGCCGCAGAUCCAGCGAGGGCUGCUCAAUACGCGCAUGCUAAUCGCCUUCAUUGCGAUGGUCGGCCAAACGGGCAGCGCCGCACUCUGGCUCAACUCGCCACAUGGCAGCCCGCUCUUGUCACAGAUCUCGCGCACCUACCACUCGGAGAAAUAUUGUCUCGCCGUCAACCAGUUCUCCAACGAGCGACCGCCGCAGCCAGCAGCGAAGGUGCCAGGCCUGUUUUGGCGAGGCGGGGAUGUGGCGCGCGACUGCGGCGGCGGUUGCUACCUACAGCGCGGCCGGCAUACCCCGCUGCCCGCAGAGAACUAUCACUUCCCGCACUCCAUGCCUGGUUUGCUGUCGAUGUGUGUGACGCGCAACAAUGAGGUUUGCGGGAUAUUCAACAUCACUUUCAAACCUUUGCCACAGUUCGACUUGAACAACGUCGUUUUUGGUAGAAUUGUUCGCCCGUGCAAGGUGUACGAAGCAAUUCGCGGUUUGGGCGACGCACUGAGCACUCAGCCCGUUGUGGAGAUAGCGUCGUCAAGGCGCUUCGUCAAUAAAAAAUGGAGGAGCGUCAACACGUAUAAUUAG